UGCUGCUACAACACAGUUGCAAUAUCUAAACAAAAACAGCAUCCAAUUCACUCAUUCAGAUUAACAACAAGUGACGACGGUUACUUUUGAAUAACCUUAGUGAAACUCACACAACUACAAACACAAACAAAAUCAACAGCAUGUCAAGCCAAAUGAUCGCCAUUCUCUGUUUCGCCACCUUUCUGAUCGCUGCUGCGCAUUCCAGCACCGCCAUGGCUGUGCUACCAUUCUGCCAGUCGGGUAUGGUGGAAGAUAUGCCACCACACAUUCAGAAGGUCUGCUCCGCACUCAACAAUUCGGAGCAGUUGGCUACAGCGCUCAAAUCGUAUCUGAAUAGUGAGGCUGCAGCCAUGCUGACCGAUCAGGCGCCACUGAAACGUUCCGAUGUUGAUCAUGUUUUCUUGCGUUUCGGCAAGAGGCGUUAAUUUCGAAACAUUACCGACGACCACCUCGAAACACAAAACCAACAACAAUCGACCGUUUGGAGUACUCUUUGAUUUGCAACAACAAUAAUAGUCAUUAUCAUCUAACACUCACACGCAUUCAAGCACGACCGCCAUGUGAAUAACCAACAAAGCCGAAAGACCCGAUAGAUUAUACGAUAUAAUAAAAUUUAAUAAAAAAUAUAACCAUUUAUUGAAUUUUAUUAAUUUUUAUGUACAAAAAUACUUAAUCAAAGCAUGAAUAUCCUUAUAAAAUAAGUAGAUAUGUGUGGCAUAAUUUUAUGACAACUCAAAUCAUUGCAACUAAAAACAUUUUCAAAUAAAUAUAAAAAAAAAACUAAAAAUGUUGCAAAGCCCAAAAUUUAUAUAAUUAUUUUGUAUGUAUGUGCAAUACAAAUUGUCAAGUUGAUCUCUUUAUAUUCUCAUUUUUCUUUACAUCUGGAAUAUAUACUUAUAUGCGCAUGCAAACCGUAAAUGCAUGAAAUCUUGUAAAAAAAAAAACAACAAAAAAAUUAAAAACACAAUGUUUUUUAAAA